GGCCAGGAAGCGGCGAGCGCGCCGGGGAGCGCAGCUGCGGGCGUGGGGGGACAGCAGCCGCGGAGCCGGCGCGCAGAGCGGCUGCGGCCGGAGCGGGCGGCGGAGACAAAGGGUACGAUAGGGCCAGUUGUGUGUGGAUUUUUGAGUAAAACCUUCAACUCAAAUGAGAAGAAACCUUCAAGGAACAACUACUGACAGUGAGUCUGCAGUCAUCUGUAUGCAUAAUAUGGAAUGUUCUCAGCCCAGAGAUAGCUCUGUUGACAAGGAGUGAGUGACUACCUGUUAAGGCCCUGAAUCAAGACAACAAUUUUUAUACCUUUCCUGGUGGUUCGGAAAUGAGUCUGUAGAACCAGGAACAAAGAAAGGAAACAGUCUGGCCUUUUCUUUAUUAACUUGACUAUAUAAGAUACUUGGCUUCCAGGAACAAAAACACAGAGAAGUAAUAAAAUUUUUAUUUUGGCAUCUUUGGACAUUUAUCAUACUGAGAAGCCUGUUUUGUGAAGCUUCCUGAGUUGAGAUUUGGAAACUUCCUUGGUGCUCAUUUAUAACUUGGACUAUAAGCAUGAGUGAAUUCUGGUUGUGUUUCAACUGCUGUAUUGCAGAACAGCCUCAACCUAAAAGGCGCCGGCGGAUUGACCGAAGUAUGAUUGGAGAGCCCACAAACUUUGUGCAUACGGCUCAUGUGGGGUCAGGAGACCUCUUCAGUGGGAUGAAUUCUGUUAGCUCCAUUCAGAACCAGAUGCAGUCCAAGGGAGGCUACGGGGGUGGCAUGGCUGCCAAUGUGCAGAUGCAGCUCGUGGACACAAAGGCAGGAUAGCCCCGGACCCCUCCUCCAGUCAUUGUGAAUUUCUGUGUUUGGUUUCCACUGUUUUUAAUUUUUUUUGUCGCAAUUGCUUUUCUUUCCUUUUCAAUAACAAAAAAGAAGUGUGAUGGCAUCUUGUUGACCCUGUUGUGAUUACUCCAGUGACACGUUACUCUUCUGCUCUGAAGAAACUAUUUGUCAGAAGAAUCCUGCAUUUCCUUCAGCUGGCAUGCAUGCCUUUGGACUCAUGGACAGAGUUCUUUGGAUUGUGGCUUAAUUAUUGAUUUUUAUGAAUAUGGAUCUGAUUUUAGCAUGAUCUGUUUUGUGAAUGCUAGCACUGUUUUGCAUUUUUUCCCCCAUAUUUUUAACAAUUUCUCUUUCCACCUCCAGCCCCUCUGCCUUAUGAUUUUAUUGGUAAGCAAAGAUCUACUAUUUGUUAAUUUGUCACCAUUUAUGUAUAUUUUGGAAGGUAUGAGACCCAUAAGCACAAUGAUAAUUUCUAUUCAUUUGAAACUUCAGCAGAGUAGUAUCUGCAUGCUUUAUGAAGUUGCUUGUAUGGGAGCCCAUGGGAUGCCAGAGAUGAACAUUUCCAUGCUGCCAUGGGCUGAUGAUACUGCUGCUAUUAGAGAAAGAUUCGCUGUGGCACCAAGUCACAUCAGUUUCACAAAAAAAGGCAACUUGUAGCUUUUUUUGGAAUUAUGACUUUUAUUUAGAAUUAUAAUAAAAGAAAAGCUUGCAUUCAUAAGGCAUUCAUUUUGUUGUAAAUGUUCAGUAUAUUUAUUUGAGAGUAAGGGCCUGGGAUUGUAAACAGGAUGGUUAUGUGUCUUUGUGUGUGCGCAUGUGUGGUAAUACCCUCCUCCGGUCUGACUGAGCAUCGUGAUCUUAGUAGCUGUUCAUUUCUUUCGUGUGCUCAUUCUGUUUUCACUUAUUUAUGUUUAAUAUUAUGGUAUCCAGUUGCUUCCGGUAGCAGUUUGUUGAGCUUCUGACCUAUGCUCCUAACUGCAGACUCCAGAGUCACUGGCCUCUCUAUAUUCCACACAUUUUGGGACAGUGGAAGUAGCAUUGACCUGGCUGUGUUGUUGCCUAUGAAAACAACCUGUAUGGUGACUUGUUAAUGUAUUGGUGAGAAACCUUUGGUUCAGGUCCCAAAAUAUGUUUAUUCUUCACAAACUGUAUUUCUGUAAAUACUUCUCCUUCCCCAUAAGGGUGUAGUGCUAAGUCAGUUAGUCAUUUGUUUAUGAAAAUGUUUAAUGACUAUGUCCAGUUCAGCCCUAUCUAACAGUUACAUUUGGUAGGAGUAACAGUUCAUGCAGAAAAUGGGGCUUAAUUGAAACCUGACUUAGAAAGCUAUAUUGCAUAAAAGAAGGGGGGAUCAUUUUCUCUUCACCUUAGUUACAAGGUCUUGUGAAACAGGUAACUGAAUAAAUACUGGGUUUAUAUGGGCAAAACAUGGAAGCAUUUUCGAAUUUAACCAGUACAGCAGGCACUUGUAUUGCUGCAAUUUUGAGUCUUCAUAGGUAUCAAUCCCAGAGAAUCUGUCAAGGAAAAACAUUUAUGCUUAGCAAUCAAAAUAAGCGUUUUGCAGUUUAAUAACUUCUGAACUUGAAUUCAUCUGUUGUUAACUGUGUUGAUACUGCAUUCUGGGUUUUUCCUAAGUACUACUGUCAUUCUGUUCAGUGCCAGAGACAGGACACUGCAGUGUGCAAGCUCUUUAAGGGAUCGAUUUUUUUUGGCGUUGUCAGUACUGAUGCUAUUUAGUCUACUUCUAUUUUGACUUUAGUACAGAUUUUGUAAUUGUAUAACUCCUAGAAAAGUACAGGGAGCCAUGGUCUCUUUCCCCCAAUUGCUCACUUUCCUGAUUCUCCAAGGACCAAAUACUCCAGUGAGCCCUGGAGCAUGUCUCCAUGGUUAGCCAAAGGCUGCACUCUUCAGCCUCUAACUGUUCUGCAACUGCCACUGACUUGACAGGCACAAGUAAACACACUGUGUGCAAGAACACAUGCCAAGGAAGGUGCCAAUAAUGAUUCAAGAAAUAAAAAUUAUCAACCAUUUUAAGAUACUAACAAACAUUGGACACCAAUUUUUUAGGGAGUCAGCUUUCCCACAUAGGUAAGUGGGUUUGUAAUCUUGGGAGGUCAUUUGCUCCCCAUAACCAGGUGUCUCAUUUGAAAAUUGAAGCUAACUAAAUAGGGUUGACUGUUAAUACUUUGCUGAAAUACAUGUUAACAACUGUUAACUAAUGACAUGCAUUCUGUAAAAGAGGUGCUUUCCCUUGAUGUAGGCAUGAAGUGGUGCCAGUGAGCGUAGAAUGGAAGUGUGAACUGUGGUGAUUGGGUUCAGCAGUUCCGAUGCAGCAUUAUCAGUGGGCCUUUAAAGAUACUUUGUGAGUAUAUAUUAGCUUUCACUUUUGUUGUUAAAUUAUAGCAGUUCUAUUAUAGGGAGCAAGUUUGCCUUGAUUUUGUUUAAAAUGACUUCUGCUCAGCACCCAGGAGAUAAAAUUGACAUAUUUUUAUAAUAUAAGCAUACUUUUUUUGUACAUUGUGUUCAUUCUUGAAUAAAGUAAGUUUUCAGUGUUGGCUUGUAGAUAAUAAAAAGAAAGUAUUUGAUUUUGAUUCAAUAAAUGUUUUUCAAUCGUG